UCUGAAGGAGGAUGCAGACCGAGGGUGACGGGUCGGAUGUCAAACCUGUGGCGUGGAGUAAUACGAGUGAUGCAUCUGCUACCUCAAGGAUUACUGUGGAAUAUUAAAAAUGGCCAGCAAACUUCUUUCUGGACGGAUCGAUGGCUCAUGGUCGGUCCGCCACUUGCCCAACUCGCAGAGAACCUAUCGGAAGAGGCUUUGAGCCUCUCUGUUGUUGAGCUUGUUCUGAAUGGUUACUGGAACACGGAGUAUCUCCGUGAUUUCCUCUCCGAGGAGAUUGUUUCUCAGAUCCUACUACAUCCGACACCCCAGGGCAGUGAGAUGGAUGAGCCAAGCUGGCGUCUUACUCCACCAGGGGACUUUUCGAUCAAAUCUGCCUACCAGCUGCUUCUUUCAGAAGGCACAGAUGGUGGUCACACUCAUCUGGUGUGGAAGGCUGCCUGGCGCACACCAAAUCUGCAGCGCACGAAGACACUUCUCUGGCUGGUUUUAUAUGGCCGCUUCCUCACCGAUGGGGAGUGUCACCGCCGUCAUUUAGCCCAACAUGAUACAUGUCCGAUCUGCGGCGGGGGUCCGGAGACAGCGAUCCAUGUUAUUAGGGACUGUCCAUAUGCUCGAGCAGCUUGGUCGGAGAUAUUAAUGAACGAACCAGAUGAUGUUUUCUUCGGCAAUGACGUGGAGAGGUGGAUGCUUCACUACCUUACUGAUCGUAGUAAGAUGAUUGACUCUUCCAUCUUUGCUAUCUUUUGUUGGAAAUUAUGGCAUAAUAGGAACCUCUGGGUGUUUGAGAAGAAACUUGCGUCCACCUACCAUCUCAUCCAGCAGAUACGAGAGCUUCGAAGGCAAGUUGAUCUUGCCUGGGAGACUUCACGGCGAGUGCUGGGGGAAGGAGCAUGAUGUAGCCAAAAAAAUAGUUGCUAACAG